AUGUUCACUUCGCAUGGGGUGCUGUUUCUCCACGCGCUAGACGCCCUUCUUUCCACAAGCCUGGUGGUGGUCGUGACCGCGGCCAGCGAUGGAAUGCGUUUCUCGGCCAUUUAUGCACUUCUGGUGGGUUUGCUUCAGCUCAUCCGAGUCGGCUGCGUCUGCUGGUGCUACUGGAGGUUGCGUCGAGGUGAGACGGCUGUGGAUGCGGUGGGCAAUGGCGUUGUCCUGCACCAAAGAAAGCUCGUGGCUGCCGCUUGUCAGGUGGAGUGGUCCCUCUCUAUCGUGGUCUACAGUGCGCUGUUGCGGUCUUGUCAAGGUCACCCAGACUGGGUCUGGCAGUUCCUCGAGGAGACCUUAUGA